AUGCUCAAGCGCGAGAGGUCGCCCGAGGGUGGUGAAGCCGGGGCUGGAGCUGGGCAUGCGGCGGCGGGCGCGGUCGGCGAGGUGGGCUUGUCGGGCGCGGCGGGCGCGGCGGCGGCGGCGGCGGCGGCGGCGCUGCCGGCAGGAUUCUUUGACUCGGCGUCGGCGCAAGCAGUGGCGACGGGGGUGGCGACGAGCGUCGAAGCCGCCAAGAACGCCACCCUCGCCCAGUUUGUGGCCGACGUCGGUGCUGAUGUCCGCUCCGAGGCUGAGCGGGUGGCCGCCAAGGACGCCGCUCGUGCUGCCCGCCAUGCCUCCGAGGAGGCUGCUCUCGCCUCGGGCCUCUCUGCCCGCCUCGCCCAGCUCAAGGGUCAGUACGGCGGCGGCCUCGGCGUCUCGCUUGACAUCCUACAGGCCGCACGGGGCGCCACUGCCUCUUCCGCUGGCGCCGCCACCACCGCCACAGAGCCCACAGACGCCACUGUACACGGCGCCGCGGGCGCUCCUGCGGCAGUUGCUGCGGACUCGGACGACUCGGACGAUUCGGACGACGAGCUCGAUCUGGGGAGCUUGACGCGGAACUGGCGGUCCAAGACAGCCGGCGCGUGA